UCAGGGCAGUCAAGACAUCCAGACAUGACAGCCACUGCUAAUGAGGCUGGGGGUGGCUUCCUGCGCACCCGCCUCAGGUCGGCUCUCCACACCUCCAAUGACCUUCUCUCUGGUCUUUCCUCCAAUAUCUCCCGCCUUUCUGUCUUCUCUGUGGCCUCAGGGAACUCCAAUGCCUCCUCUGAGCGUUCCCCACCUCCCCAUGCUCCAACCAAUGCCCCUGAGAAGCCCCCAAGCACCCCACCCCUACAGCUCCCCUCUAGCCCCGAGGAGAGCCACCGGUCCCCCACCAUGAAGGAGAUGAUCAAGGAGACCUUCAAACUGGAGAACUUAAGGGAGCUGCGACCAACACUAGAGGAGCUCAUGCAGUCAGAGUCAUCCUCGGAGCCCUCUACCCUACCCACGGACACCCCAGACUCCCCUAAGACUGGCUUCCGUUACCAUCUCAACCACCUCAACCAGGCCAUUCCCAAAAAGCUGGUGGACUAUAAGCAACUGGCCAUCAGGACCUUGAGUGGGGAGGCAGGUGAUGGGCCACCUGGGGCAGCAGAGGAUGUCAAUGCCUGUGCCAUCAAUGUGGAAUGUGUUGAUGAUAAGACAGAAGGAAAUGCAGAGGAGACAAAGGAUGUUGUGGAGGGAGCCAGCACUGGUCUCUCAUCUCGCUCUUUCAACUCAAUGCACUCCUUGUAUGCCACUGGGCCAGAUCCAUACGACAAGCUCAAGUACAGGCCAGAUAUCAUCAGCAGUGGCACUCCCAGUGAUGGUGAGGGCCUGGGGCACUCCACAAGUAUGGACUCCACAGACUCAGAUCCACAUAAAAAGCUGUGGAUAAGAUCUGUAGGAUCCCAGACAUCCCUGCAGUCCUGGGCCUCCAGUCUCUCCUAUGACAGCCAGGCAGAGGAUUACAAUGAGCCCAAGGAGUUCAUGAGGAAGUUUGUGGAGGAAGUGUUCAAGACACCACACAUGAUAGACAUUGACAAAAAGGCGCGCUUUGGGGAGCUGGCACAGACAGAGCAGGGACGGCUGUGGUUUGCACGCUGCAUCAAUGCCAAGCGAUGCUGCAAGUGUGUGACAGAGGCAAGUUUCUUCUCCCUCAUCCAGCACUUUUCAGUAAUGCUGUUUGAGUGCAAUGAGGCUGAGGAUUUCUCCCCUGCCAAGAGUCUCAUGAACAUGUGCUUCACCUACUACCAUGAAGCUCUCACACCAGGAGGCCAGAAUCGCACCAAGGAAUUCCUUUACUCAUACCUCCGCCAACAACCCAUCUGGCGCUCCAUACGCUUCUGGAAUGCAGCAUUUUUUGAUGCUCUCCAGUGUGAACGUUCGCUGCGUCCUGUCAUCACCCGGGAGGAGGUUGAGAGUAACCGACUGCAGGCAGUGACAGAUGAGUUGCACUACCAGGAAAACAUUACUUUUGGACAACUGGGCACCUUCACUUGUAACAUGCAUGCGUUUGGCCUCUCCAAGGACAUGGUGAAUGAAUUCUUGCGAAAACAAGUGACGAUUGCCAGCCUGCGGCCAGACCAGGUAAAGCUGCUGCGAGAGAAUGUGGAGCGUAUGUACAGUGGUAAGCAGGAGUGGCAGUAAGAGGAGGCUGUGCUGAGGAAGAUUCUUACAGCAUGUUGGCUCACCUUCACCACAGCAAUGAGACACAUUAAUUUAAGAAUACAAAUUUCAGUGACUGUAGUAACAACAUGUUCCUGAUACUUUUAUACAUUGCAGGUUUCAUGAAUUUUGCUCCCUAUUUACUGAAAAUGAACCUCAUCUGAGGCUCCCACUUGUUGCUGUGAAGGUUAAAAUCAGCACAAGCUUGAUGAAUAUCACUUACUUAGCUUUAAAUGAUAAGGUGUAUAAAAUUGUAUUUAUUUUUCUGUGUUCUGAAUUAGAGUUUUCAAGCUUAAGAAAAUUCUGUGAUCUUUAAUAGACAUUACUUGGUAUAAAAUCUAAUUUUUCAAUGAUGCUACAGUUAUGUCAAAAAUUGUGUGCCAUUCACGUCAUUUAAUGUGGACAGAGUGUCUUGAAGUGUAUGCUUGCUGUACCUGUGUUGUGGGGGUGCCAACAUUCACCAGGGAGGCUUAGUACUCUUGUAGUGUUUGGUCAUCUCUUUAAUACCUUGGCAAAAUGAGCUAUUUAUUGGCUGCAGCCUCCCACACUAUUUUUACUCUAUAUUGCCUCAGGUGUUUUGAUGCAGUAAUAAUGUUAUCAAUAUUAUUUUAUAAUAGCUUAAGGAAGAAUAGAUUUGGGGCAAGGCUUAAAUAUGCAAACCAAUUUAUAUCUUGCAAUUUGAGUAUUCAGUAUCAUCAUCAUCAUGAAGGUGUCAACAGUGAUGAUGAUGAUAAUGAUGAUGAUGAUGAUGAUGAUGAUGAUGAUGAUGAUGAUGAUGAUGAUGAUGAUGAUUAUGAUGAUGAUGAUGGACUAUUUGACAUAACCUUUGAGUGUAUUGGUUCAGAGAAUCUAGACUUUAUAAGGUUAGAAUGCCUUUGAUUUUGUAAUUAGAUUAUAUCCAGAGAUAAGAUAUUUAAAUUCAGAAAUCUUUGACAAACAGGAAGCAGUAGCAGAAGAGAGAGAGAGAGAGAGAGAGAGAGAGAGAGAGAGAGAGAGAGAGAGAGAGAGAGAGAGAGAGAGAGAGAGAGAGAGAGAGAGAGAGUGCAUACAGGUAUAUGUGUGUUUGUCAUUGGAACCAAAUGAUGUAUCCAGAGGCCUUAUUCCAAAAUUACCUUCUCUGGUUUAUGAUACAUAUACAGUAAUAUGAAAACUAGGCCUUAAUAUGAAAGUAGAAUUUUUAACUUCAUGUAAUCUUUUAUUAACUCAGAUCUUGCUUGACAUAGCUCCUCAUGCUAGAAUCUUUGCAACCUAUACUUAGAUUUUUUGACUUUCUGGGAAAUACGCAUAUUACUAAAGCUAUAAUGCAUAUUAUAAAGAAUCCUUUUCUGCAUAAUUUCAUUCAGUCUUUCUCUAGGACUGUUUGGGUAUUCAGCAUAUUAUCAGUGAAGAGUGGUGUACAUGUAUGAACCUUUGGGACUAUGUACAGUAUAAGGUUCAGAGUUGCCAAGCUGUUCAGUAAGAGUUGCACUUUGUACUCUUACAGCCAUAACUAUGCAGGAUAGCUGUGACUCCACUUUCUUGUGUGACCUAUCUAUUUUGUGGAGAGGGAGAGCCAUAUGAUGCACAGAGUUUAUUUGCACCUGGUAGAGAAAGUACUCCCAAGAGUGCGUACCUUUUAUCUACCAGAUAUGAUUCAGGAAGCUCCGUACUUAUUAUGUUUGUGAUUUAUAGCUUGUAUAUAAGGUAGGGUAAGUUUAGGAUAGAAAUAUUCUGUACAGCAUCUUUCUCUCAGGCUUUUUUUUUCUCCAUGGUCUCAUUCAGUGCUACUGCUCACUACUGUAAUACAUACAUACUACUAUUUUCUCAGCUCCUUAUCUUUUUUGUAUUGGAGCCUUUUAAGAUAACACAUAUAUUUCUAUUACAAGUCGCUCAUACAUAAUUGCAAAUUUUACCAUAUCACACACACACACACACACACACACACACACACACACACACACACACACACACACACACACACACACACACACACACACACACACACACACCUAUCAAGUUGUGCAUACACACCUAUUUAGUUGUGCAAACACAGUUCUAAAAAUGGAGUUAUAGGUCACUGGAAUAUAUCACUAAGGGAAAUUAUAUGUGCAAACAGAUUAUAUAUAAAUUAAAGAAAAAUAUGGUAAUUUGAUGUAAAAACAGACAUGAUAAACUUGACUUUCUCCUGUAAAAAUACAAAUAGAUAAACACACACACACACACACACACACACACACACACACACACACACACACACACACACACACACACACACACACACACACACACACACACACACACACACACACACACACUGGGCAUGGUGAGGCAAAUGGAUGAGCUUCUUAAUGUGUAGCCCCUAUUCACCUAGCAGCAAAUAGGUACGGGAUGUAACCUGAGGGGUUGUGGCCUCACUGUCCCAGUCUGUGGUGUGUAAGUGGUCUCAGUCCUACCCAAAGAUUGGUCACUGUGAGCUCAGCUCUUUCUGUAGGGUAAUGGCUGGCUGGGUGACCAGCAGAUGACCAUAAGUGAAUGACACACACUGCUGUAGUAUAGAAGACCAUCUAAUAAAGCAAAAUAGUACAUAAGAGCAAUUUUAAACGAUGAGCCUCUUGUAUUCCUUUGGUCUGGGGUUAAGGAUCAUAGUUUCUGAUUCACCAGACCAGAGUGGAAUGUUCUUUGCUAGCCCUCAUUUGUUUUAUAGUAAGUUUGCUCCUGUUCAUUGCCGGAGUCUUUUCAGCUGGUAAAAACACUGUUAUCUGUAAGGCUUACUAUACAUAAAGGAAUACUACCUACUACAUAGAUAUAAGAAAAAUUUUCAAUCUUCUGAAGCUUGAUUCAGAUAUAAAGGAGCUGCAGAAUUAUCAUGUUAUCCAUUUAUAUACAUUGAAGUUUUGUGCUGGACAUGUCAGCAACAAAAUUCUUGGGAUGAUAGUUAUGAUAGUUUCUUAGUACAGUACAGUAUAUAAUAAUCACAAAUAUUUUAAGUUAGGUAAGUACUAGACAGAGAAAAGACAAUUCCAAAGUUAUAGAUUUGUUUACACCUCAGUGACACAGUGAUAUAAUGAUAAUAUAACAUGAAGACUGAAUGCUGUACAGGAUACCGAAUUACUGUUCCACUGUGAUCAUAAAUGUUUAGGUUAGAUUAUUAGUUCCCCUCAAGGUCAGCUGCCUACAGCUGGAUUUGUGGUGCAUGGCCAAAAGAAGGUCCAGUAUGCACACUAUCUGUUUUGUGUAAUAUUUUACAAAAUGGGUUUGGCUCUCUAGUGACAUCUCAUUGUGUGGUGUAGCUGUAAGGGGAUUGUAUAAGUAGUAUCACUUUGUUUGUUGUUAAGUUGUUGGGUCUCCCUUUAACUUUCCAUUCACUGUUUGAUGUUGUAUGAAUGUGUCAUGUUUAGUGAUGUGUGUGUCACAUGCAAAGACACAUACAGUGGCAGAAGUGUUUUUCUGUGGUACAUUUACUUUUGUGUGCAAUUUCCCAGUUAUAUGGUAAUGGGUGUUAGGUGCACACUGUAUUCAUUGUCUUUCAAAAUGUAAAAAAUGCAAACCAAGUUUACAAACUGUAACCUGAAAUAUGAUGUUUAUUUUUAUGGAGUUGUAAUAAUUCAGGAGACAUUCCAUGAGGUAAAGACCUUGCAUGGUAACAUGAAGGGUGUUAUUUAUAAGGGCUUGCUGUGUUCAUGAAGGAUGUGUAUUCUGUUCACUUAUAUGUAAACACAGUGAUGGGUGAGAUAUGAGAAUGUACCCUGCAUAAUGUCAAAUAUAAAAACUUCCAAGAAAAUAUUCCAGGAAUCAUAUAUGGAAUUAAUUGUCAGUACAACAGAGAGUUCCUGAAAAGGUAGGCAUAAUGUGUCAUUUAAGAACAUGCAGUGAAACCUAAGGUGUCAAACUACAAAUUCAUUAUGCAAUUUAUGCUUCUGUGAACAUUUUAAGUAAACUUGCAGGAUGAGUCUCAGCAGGGACUUCAUAUGUUGGGUAUGAAAUAUUCCUAUUCAUCUGAGAUCAUAAAUGAGGUACAUUGCCUGAUACCCAAGGAAUCAGCUUUAGAAUAUGAAAUGUAUAGUAGAUAUUUAUUCAGUAUGUGAUGGUGAUGGAAACAGCACAUGGCUUCAUCUUAUAUUACAGAAAUCUUAGUAUGCAAUACAAGAUUUUUUUUCUUUACCUAAUACAAUUGUGUUUGAUGCAAACGUAACUUGUUCAGCAUAAUGUAUUUAGAAUGAUAUUAGUAGUCAUCAGUAAGGUUGUCAUUUCAUGCAGUUCUUUUAGAAAGAUUCAAUGUUUGAAUCAACUGUAAAAUCUGACAGUGAGGUACCAUUUUCAUGCUUUGUGUAAACCACAAUAGUACUGGAAUGUUUUGCACUGGUGGUGAGGACACAGUCAUUGCUGUUAGAUUUCCCUUUAAACAAAACACAAGAGCACCAUGGUUUUAGUUUUCUUGUUAAAUGUACUAGUGAAUGGUUUGGAAGACAUGGGUAGAGUUCCUUGUAGUUUGGAUGUUUAGUAAUGUUCUUUAGGUUAAUGUAUGGGUAGUUUACAGUUAUGUUUAUUAAAUGUAUACAAUGAAUAAUGGAUGAUAGCCUAGUGUGUGUACUACAGUAAUAAUGAGUCAUAAGAUGCAAGGCUUGGUGAGAGGCAAGUGUUGUCACAUGUAGGUGGUAGUGUGUCCUCCCACAUCCUACACUAUAUUCCUUGAUGAGAGGGUGUAGAGAGGCUCAGGCAUUGGUAACAAAAGGCUUAGAAAAGUACUGAUAAAACUUAUUGUCUGAUUUCCUUUUUUUUUUCCCUGAUUUGUGACUCAUUCUUUGUGGCAAUAUUUUUUUUUUAUCUUUUGUGUGAAUAUAUCUGCAUUAUUGAACUUUGUUACAUGAUUCUCAGUACAUGACCAUUGUGUCAUGAUGGAAGUGGAGGUAGAUGGAUGGAACAUUGAGGAGCUUACCUAAUGAUGGCAGAAUUUUAGGGACAAGAAUGGCAUUAUGGUUUACUUUGAAUGGGUUCCAUCUUUUUGAGUACUGAAGCACCUUUCAGCAAAUACUAUUGGAUGACUGGUGACACCUAUUAUGCAACAUGGUGAAAAGUAUGGGCUGUAGUUAAAUUCAAAUUCUAUACUGCCAUUGAAAUCAAAAUACAUUUCAUAUAGAGAAUUAAAAACACUGUCAAACAGUCAAUUGAAUUUGAUCUUAUCAGUGAGUAUAUAUAUUUCAGAUUGUGAGACUACUACUGUUUCUUUGAUGCUAUGUACAGUUGGUGUAGUCUGGAAGUAUAUGUAUUGGAGAUGCAGUGUUUGUUUGUCUUCAGUACUUGAAUAAUGAAAUAUGUAUAUAAUUUCAAUGUGUGGUUGGAGUGUUGAGACAGUCCCCUCAUUACUUUGCAUUUGGAAUAGGGGAAGCCAGGAAGUUACUAUUGGCUGGAGAAGGUAGAAAUCCGUCCUAGUUAAGUGGGUGUAGUGGAUGGCAGAACUCGUCUUUAUUGUUAGGUCUGUGUCUGUGUCUCUCUUUGGGUGGUGAUGGACAUGGUUAUAACCAUUUGUGUUUUAGUCUGUGAUAGUAGUCCUCUUUGAUGGCCUUCUGUUUAGGUAAAUGCCUUUUGUGUUGGCACUGAGGUGCGAUGGACUGUGGAUGAAAGGCUAAGGAUGCUUGCACUGCCCUUUUGCUAGUUGAUCUGUGAAUGAAGAAAUGGAAUGAUAUAUUGGUCCCGUGAUGAUUAUGCAAUGAGGGUAUCCUUGAUUUAAUGGAAGAUUGCAUGCUAAAUUGUAAAUCAAGAAAAUUAAGAAAAUGCAUGAAAAUAUAUAGAAAAAAAAAUAUUGUAAAUCUAACCAGGGUAUCCCAGAUUCAAGAAAAGUUUGCAUGAUGUUAAAUUGUAAGGAAAAAAAAUGCAUAAAGAACAUUUUGCUUUUGAUAUCACAUAGGAAAGAAUGACUAUAAACCUAUCCUAGUUUUAUGUAAUAUGGGUUUUCUGAAUUCAAGGAAAGAUUGUAUUAUAUUAAACUGUAAGCAAAGGGGAACAAAAAAUGGUAUGCAUGAGGAAUAUUUUGCCUUUAUUUUAUUUUAUCUUAUGAAGAAAAGUGUUAACCUAUCCCAUGAUCUAAAUAGCACAUAUUGAACAUGUCUUGAUUUUAAGAAAAAAAGUUACUGUUAUUCUUACUCAUGAAUUAUGCAUAUAUGUUAAAGGUAAAAUAUGUUGUUUAUAUGAAAAAGUAGAUAAAACAGGGGGGAGGGAACUGAAGCAGGAAGGUAGCAGGAAUGAAGGAGGAAGAUUGUGAGUUUACAUAUUAAAAGCUGUCUGGGAUUUGCAACUACUUCUGUGCUAACUGUUGCUGAGAGUCAAGUAAUGGGGAAUAAGCAGAGAAAAGCUAUGGUGUGUGUUCUGCAAGUGUGGUUUGCCCAUUACAAGACAAUCAGCUUGACUUUUUACUCAAAUUCGGUUUCAUUUUCCAGAAAUGCUUUAAUAUCAAAAUUACAUGUAUCAUUAUAAAGGAGACUAUGUUGAAAUAAGAAUGUUUCUAUGACAAUAUCAAAAGUUCAUGUCAGGACGUUUGGGUGGAGGGAGGAGGAUUGAAGGGUAGGGUUGGAUGAGUGAGCCUAGGAGACCCACCUCCCUAUCACUCCCCCACCCACCCUCACCACCUACCAUUGUUGUUGUUACUAUUGUUGUUGUUGACCUUUGUAGAGAAAUAUUGAUUCAUGUAAACAAACAAAUAAAAUGUAUUUCAAAUUUCAA